AUGUCUGCCGAUGCCGCCUACACUUUGAUCUAUGACACAGAUCCCAACAAAUCGUCUAUCCAAGAGUUCAAGACUCUCUUGGAGAAACCAAAGGAUGAUGUCAAGAUCGUAACGAUGAAACGUAUUCUUCUUACCAUGUUGAAUGGCAAUCCAAUGCCUGACUUAUUGAUGCAUGUUAUCCGUUACAUUAUGCCAUCUAGAAAUAAAACCCUCAAGAAAUUACUUUAUGUUUACUGGGAAAUCGUUCCAAAAUUGGAUGCUGAAGGGAAAUUGAAACAUGAAAUGAUUUUGGUUUGUAAUGCCAUCAGAAAUGACUUGCAACAUCCUAAUGAAUACAUUCGUGGUAAUACUUUGAAAUUUUUGACUAAAUUGAAAGAGCUGGAAUUGUUGGAACCCUUGAUCCCAACGGUUAUUGCCUGUCUUGAACACAGACAUUCAUACGUGAGAAAGAACUGUAUAUUCGCUAUCGAUUCUAUUUACCGUUUGAACCCAGAUUUGAUCCCUGAUGCCCCAGAAAUGUUAACCAAUUUGUUGGCCAUCGAAACCGACCCAAUAUGUAUCAGAAAUUGUUUCACCGUCUUGGGUCUGUUGAACAGAGAUGCUGCGUUACUGUUGAUCCAAGAAAAUUUAGAAAACUUGACAAAUUUGGAUUCUUUGUUACAAUUAUCUUUCAUCGAAUUCAUUAGAAAGGAUUUGAAAUUUGCUAAUGGGGCUCUCAAACAGCAGUACCUUAAUCUUAUUGUUGAAUUAUUAAGCUCAAAAUCUUCGUCCGUCGUCUACGAAUCUGCUUUGACCUUAACUCUUUUGGCCAAUAACGAUGAAGUUAUUUUGCAAGCCGGAAAGAAAUUCAUCGAUUUGGCUAUUAAAGAAUCUGACAAUAAUGUGAAAUUGAUUUGUUUAUCACGUAUUAUUGAAUUGUCCAAGAAAAACCCAGGAAUUUUCCAAGAUUCUGUUUUGGAUCUUUUGAGAAUUUUGACCUGUACUGACUUGGACGUUAAGAAGCAAACUUUAAACCUUGUGCUUGAAUUCAUCGACUCCAAAAAUGUUGACAAUGUCAUCAAGUUUUUCAAGAAGGAAUUGAUGAAGGUUCUUUCAACCGACGAAGAGGCCACUAACGACAAAUCAAACGAUUAUAAACAAUUAUUGAUUCAAACCAUCAACAAAAUCUCUAUAAAUUUCAUUGAUAACUCCAUUGAGAUUGUCGAUUUACUAUUGGAAUCACUCUCUCAAUUGAACUCUCAGUCGGCUUAUGAUAUCAUUGCUUUUGUCAAGCAAAUCAUCGAGAAAUUCCCAACAAAGAGGGAAUCAAUCUUAGUGAAAUUAAUCGAUGCUCUCAAUAAUAAUAUCAAGAGCGGUAAAGUUCUCAGAGGCGCUCUUUGGAUCAUUGGUGAAUAUGCAUUAACCGAAAAGAAUAUUCAAGAUUCUUGGAAAUUUAUCAGAAGUAAUGUUGGAGAAUUGCCAAUUUUGGCCAGCGAAAAGAAGAAGCGUUUCGGUAAUGCUGAAGAAGAACAAGAAACUAACGAAGAAGAGCAAGAAGGUGAAGACUCUAAAGAGAAAAAGAAGCAUUCUGGUCCAGUGAUCUUACCUGAUGGGACUUACGCUACUGAGAAUGCCUUGACCACCAAGGAACAAAAAGUUGAUAGUGAUGAUGAAGAAGAUAGCCAUCAACCGCCAAUUCGUAAAUUGAUUCUUGGAGGUGACUUCUACCUUGCUUCAAUUCUUUCUUCUGCAUUGCUUAAAUUGAUAUUACGUUUCCAAGAUAUUUCUAAAUCCCAUAAAAUUCUCAAUGUCUUGAAAGCCGAAGCCACUUUGAUCAUGGUUAGUAUUUUGAGAGUUGGUGAAGCUUCUGAGUACGUUAAAGAAACUAUCGACGAGGACUCUGCUGAAAGAAUCUUAUCAUAUGUUCGCUUUUUGAUGGAAGAUUACGAAGAUGCCGAAGACUCUAAGAAGAUUGUUAAGGAAGGAUUUUUGACCGACACCAAGAAAGCGUUUGAAGAACAAAUAAAAGAAGCUUCUAAAGCCGUUAGUGUCACGACUUCCCUUUCUAGCAGUUCUGACUCUACUAAUGCUACUGGUCUUGAUGAAGUCAUUAAUUUCCGUCUUUUCCCUAAAUCUAAUGCCGUUCUUAAUACCGGCGGUUUUAACGAUGAUGAUGAAUUAGAAAAUAUCAACAAAAACGCCACCUCUUCAACCCUUUCAUCGUCUAAGAAGGAAAAAUUGGCAUCUCGUCUUAAUAAAAUCAUCCCACUCACUGGGUUCAGUGAUCCAGUGUACGCCGAAGGUUACAUUAAGGUCCACCAAUUCGAUGUUGUAUUGGAUGUCCUCGUGGUCAACCAAACUGCUAACACUCUCCGUAACUUAUCGGUCGAGUUUGCCACUUUGGGUGACUUAAAAGUGGUUGAUAAGCCAGUUUCUGCCAAUAUUACACCUCAUGGGUUCCAUAAGGUUAGUACCACCAUCAAGGUUACCAGUGCGGACACCGGGGUGAUCUUUGGUAACAUUCUUUACGAUGGGGCUCAUGCCACCGAUCAAACCAUCGUCAUUCUCAAUGACGUUCAUAUUGAUAUUAUGGAUUACAUCAAGCCGGCAACCUGUGAAGAAUCUCAAUUCCGUAAGAUGUGGAACGAAUUUGAAUGGGAAAACAAGAUUGUCAUCAAGUCUUCCACCAUUGGAUCAUUAUCCGACUACUUAUCAUUGUUAUUGAAGAACACUAACAUGAUGUGCCUUACCCCUGGAGCGGUGAUUGGUGAUGCUAAUUGUCAAUUCUUGAGUGCCAAUCUUUAUUCGAAAUCUAGCUUUGGCGAAGACGCGUUGGCAAACUUGUGUAUUGAAAAAUUACAAGAUGGUCCAAUUUUGGGACACGUGAGAAUUAGAUCCAAGGGUCAAGGAUUGGCCUUGAGUUUGGGUGACCGAAUUGCCUCAAUUGCUAGAAAAACUCAAAAGGCCAAUUUGAAAAUUGUGUGA